AUGCUGGAAGGGAGCAAAGAGAGUGGAGAAGAGCUGUUGGAGGACGAGGGCCUGCAUGAUUGGAGGAGCUUCUCGGACUCCCAGGGGUUUGACAUCCUCAGAGUCGAUAGUAGUGCUCAUGGUGAGGAGGUCGAGGAGGUCGAGGAAUGGAAGCAGCAGCAGCAGCAUCAUCAUCAUCAUCAUCAUCAUCAGCAGCAGCAAGAGCAGGAGGCAAGCGCUGUGGUUCGAAGACCACAAGAGCGACCGAGGAAGCAUCUCCGGCAAGUGCGAAUGCAGCAAGUCUCCUUGUCUCCUCGCGGAGUUCAGCACAUCCGGCGGGGCAACGUGCAUGCGCGAGGACGAGGAAGGCUGGGAACGAAGGCUGGUCAAAGGUCAGCGAGGACAGCAGGGCUUGAAGAGGUAGAGCGUCGCUUCGGAGCUGACGAUCGACGAUGCUCGAGGAGAGAGGUCGAGAUUGUCGACCUGCUCGGCUCUUGCCUGAGCUCCUGCUUGACUCCUGCUGGACCUGCAGCGCUGCCAACCAUCAGGCUUGGUGUCAUUCUCUCGAGCAAGAGCACAAGUCUGCACAAGAUGGGGAAGGGUACUCCUCGCAUGGAGGCGCGUCAGUCAGACAGGAACGUGCCUCCUCUUGAUUGGGUGCGCAGCAGCUGCCUGAACGCCAUCUAUGAGUUUGAGAGGGAAGGAGGAGGAGGGUUGCGGAGCGGGAGGUACGUCACGAAGCAGGUUGAGGAGCAGAUGCGAGCCAUCACGCGGAGGAAGACGCCUCCCCCAGGCGUGAAGGACAAGGUAGAGGUGGAGGGGACCGAGGAGGAGACGAUGACGCUAAAGCAGCGGCUGAGCGCGAUGACGGGGGUACCAUGGGAGCUGAUGAAGAUGAAGAACACCAGCAGCAGCAAGGCAGGACGCGAGGGAAGGCAAUUUUCAUCAGAAAAUUUAUGA